AUGGAGGCUGUCGCGUGGACCCCCGACGUGGCCGAGGAUCUUCUCUUUCGGCAGUUUAUCAAGGAUGAGGACAUCUCCCGCCAACUUCCGCCUGCUCCGCAAGUGUCCAGCGAAAACUUCCUCGAGAAGUACGACCAGGCAACCAAGAUCCUCUUCUCAUACGUGCGCAACGGUCCUGUGGCGGCGCUCGCCUCGCAGAAUGUGAACACCGCUGCCAUCGGCAAGUACGGCGGUGCCACCCCACUUAAAGGUUUCGUAGGACGCACCCCGGCAACUAAGCCGGUUCCACCAGAGCCAUCACGGCCAUUUGCUCGGACGGCAACGCCGACGCCGGCUCCCACUAGCCGCGCACCGUCGGUGCAGAAAGCGACCGCCAACUCUCCCCCACCGGCCAAAGCGAAGCGGCAGCGUGUGGAGUGGCCAGCGGAUGUGCCUACCAAUCAGUUGCUGAAGAGCAACAGCCGCUCGAAGGUGGCGCACCUGACGGCGAAGCGCGUGGCGGCCCAGCAGGGCGUCGACCCCGAUCUUAUCUUUACCCAGAACCGCGGUGAUCUUCCUCUCAACGUGAUCUUUGCGUCGUAUCCCAAGGCUCUCAAAUCCGUCUCCGCCGUUCGAAACGCCAGCGGGGACUGGCGCACGGACACCUUCACCGUUGAGGAGGAAGUCUCCUAUAAGAGGGACUUGGGUUACGUGCAUUGUGGACCCAGCCAGUGCACGUAUGGUGACUGGCUUCCUUCUCAGUCGUGA